CACAAACAGAGCUUUGUUCGUCUUGCUGUUUUGGAUUAUUGAAGUUUAACAAUAAGAAAAAGAAAGAUCUAAAGAGCCGCAAAAUGCAGGUGCUGCUACCUUUGUGUGUGUUGAUGGGGGUAGCCCUCGCCACCCCAGUGUCCCAUCUCGAGCCGUUGAGUGACGCUCAAAUUGACUACAUCAACAAUUUCGCUAACACAACAUGGAAGGCUGGUCGUAACUUCUACCCAAACGAGCUGGCCCGCGCACGCAGAAUGCUGGGAGUUGAUAUGGAAAAAAAUGCCGUGUUCAUGAGGAAAUACGUCCCGGAGAAAGAGGUGGUGGUGAGCAAUGACCUGCCCAAGCAGUUUGACCCACGCCAGAAAUGGCCUAAGUGCGGCAGUCUGAACGAGAUCAGAGACCAGGCCAACUGCGGCUCUUGCUGGGCAUUCGGCGCCGUGGAGGCGAUGACAGACAGAAUCUGUAUCCACGGAGGAGGACAGGUGCAUAUCUCUGCUGAGGACCUGUUGGCGUGUUGUCCUAUCUGUGGAAUGGGCAAAGGAACACUACAGCGUUCACGGUGUGGAGAAAAUCAUGCAAGAACUGGUGUCCAAUGGCCCAGUAGAGGGAGCUUUUGAUGUGUACUCCGACUUCCUUUCUUACAAGUCAGGUGUCUACCGACACACAACGGGCUCCUACGAGGGUGGUCACGCCAUCAAGAUCCUGGGCUAUGGGACGGAGAAUGGUCAAGACUACUGGCUAGUGGCUAACUCUUGGAACGAGGAUUGGGGAGACAAAG